AUGGAAGGAAUGUUCAGAGCCAAUUGCGGCUAUGGUUACGUUAAGAAACCAGACAUAUUGUUGAAUGAAGACGAGGUUUUUGAUCCAAAAGCAUUACGACCAGUCCAGAAAGUUCUUCAGGUCUUGGUUUACAUGGGUGAUGGGUGGCGUUCAGAUUUCGGCCCAACACAUUUUGACUUCUAUUCUCCUCCUGACUUCCGUGUACAGAUUGGUAUUCAUGGUGUUCCAGCUGAUAAAAGUAUGAAAUACACAAGGACAAUUGAAGAUGAUUGGGUACCAUUGUGGAAUGAAGAGCUCAGUUUCCCAUUGACAGUUCCAGAAUUGGCUCUGUUAUACAUCAAAGUCAUUGAACGUGACUUUUCAGGGAGUCAUGACUUUGGUGGACAAACAUGUUUACCUGUCUCUCAACUCAGACAGGGCAUUCGUGCAGUUCGUUUGCGUAACCGCAAGGGUGAACUUUACAAGUCCGUAAGGCUUCUCGUCCAUUUUCAUUUUGUUGAUGCUGCGUAA